CAGCUUUGUCUAAAGGGCAGAGGGUUGUUUUUGUGAUAUCUUUGUGGAAAAAACUUGCAGAAACCGCUUUCAGCUGGUAGCUUGUUUGUUUGAACAGCUCAGAAAUAUGGCCACGAAGAACAGCCGUGAUACCAAGCAGGUUUAUGAGGAUCUGAAAGAACAAUUAUCCAAGUUAAGCCGCUCGUUGAAGGUCUUAGAAACCAGGGCACUAAAGCAUAACUUCUCGACGAGGGAAAUUGCCUCAAAGGGCCGGAAGACGUCUUCAGUCAAGUUAUUUAAAACUGCCAAAGAGAGUGAUGUCCGUUUUCUGAAUAAAAAUGUCCUUGAUGGGUUGGCAAAACUGGAAAGUGCUCUGGAUAGACUCGCUGAAAUACGGAAGCAAAGAAACUCUAAAGAGUCUAAGAUUCAUGGCGCGGCCGUUGGGAGAAGAAGGAAAUCCAAAAGAUCCAUAAACUUCGAAACAGUAGAGAAUGACGUCACCAAUUACAAGAGCUUAAUCAGCGAUAUAUCUGCUCAAGCAGAAACAGUUGAUCAGGUGACCAAAUCUGGAAAAAUAAGCCUAGAGGAAGGUAAAAUAACCAAUAGUAAAGAAGAAAAGACGAGACAGGACAUCGCAGCAAUAGCCAAUCGAUGGAAUGUGCUUUGCAAAGACGCCGUCGACAAAUGCACCAGCAUCGAAGCGUUUGUUCUGGAGAUGCAAACUGAAUAUUCCAAGUUAGAUUUGUGGAUGAAAAAUGCUGAAAUCGCGGAUUCAUUGCUUAUGGAAUACGACCCAUAAGCAGAUCAACCGGAAAAAUUGGGAACCACGAUUACAGCUGUGAGUUUACAGCUUCAUGAAAACCAGAAAGUCUUAGAGAACUUCAGAAAGUCCAAACCUAGAUUGCAUAACAUGAACGAUAUGGCCACUACACUCAUGAAGAGUGGAAGGCUCGACGGGGGAGAUGCUGAAGAAUUGGAACGUGUCAUCAAUGUUAUCGUGGCAAAAUGGGAAUCAAUCGAUAAUCGGCUAAAUGCAAGUCGAGACAGAAUUUAUGCCGAGAUCAACAAGUUGAGUCAAAGGCUGGUAAAGCAGAGGAAGUCGAUUAUUCGAAGAUUCAGCUCACGAAGAAAUUCGUCUUUUCGAAGGAAAAGAUCCAUGCGGAAAAAGCGCGAGGCGCAGCAGAGAAAAGAAGUCGAGGCAAAGAAUCCGGAUGUUAAAGAAAGAAAAGUUGAUAUCUCUAUGAAGGAAACUGUUACCAAAAGAACAUCUCUGGAUUUGACUGUUUCAUCAGACCAGAAAUCAAAAGGUAAUGAAAGGAUUGGUGAUUUAUCCACGAACGAGACUGUUACCAGCUCAGCUUCCGUGGAUUUGAAUGCCUCGCUGGACCCUGUGAAUGUUUUUGUGAAAAUAGACAACCAUUCUGAAGAGGAAAGGCUCAGGUUGGAGAAACAGUCGAUUGCUUUUAAAUCCUUGGACUCAUCCUUGAAGUCGUGCGAGAAGUGCGAGGAAAGUCUUGAGGAGGAGUCGCUCCAGAAAUUUUCAGUUGCAGAGUCAAGUAGGAAGGACCUGGAAAAACAGUUGAACGAUAUCACGGGAUUUGAGGGGGACGUAGGGAAAUCAAGAUCUGAGUUCGAUUCAGUGGCAGAUAAGUUUGAGAAGUCUAAAGAGGAAGACCUGUUCAAUGAUACGGACAGUGAAAUCCUGGACAAGAGGGUGGAGGAUCUGAAGAACAGCUGGGAUCAAUUGUGGGGAGAACGCACCGUAAAUAAGAAUCGCAUCAUUAAAGCCGUUCUGGAUCUUAAUGACGAGUCCUUACUAAAGAUAAAUGAGGACUUUGACGAUAUCGAGAGGGAAAUAAAUAGACCCGAAAUGUACGAAGAUGAGCGGCUCUCGCUUGAAGAAAAUAUCCUUAAACAGAAGCGCCUGAUGGAUGAUAUAGAAUCUUAUGACAACAAGAUCAUUGAGGUGAAUGUUUCAAUGCAAAACCUACUGGAGAGGGGUUUGAUCGAGAAAGAGAAGUUUGAAAAAGUCCACAAGGAAACAGGUGGUCUUCGAGAGAAACAGAAACGACUAAGGAAAAUGUGCAGUGAAUAUGGAGAUAGAUUGGCAAAAGAGCUUCUUGAUUUUAACCAGAGGAAUAAUAAUGAAUCUCCUGUACAAGUGGAAGAAGAAACAAUUACGAUUGGCGAUGAUUACAGCAUGCUGGCUGCAUCAUUGGAUGAUAUCCUCGCAGAUGAUAUCUCUGACGAGGGAUUCGCAGAACUGGACUCUUCUAAGUCAGUCCUAGAGAUGAAAAUGAGCGAUUUUGAUGGACACGUUCAGUCGAUGAACCGAUGGAUGAAUGACACCGAGAAGUUAGUGAAUUCGCUUCAUGUGGGAAUGGAACCCAGUGAAGUUUCAAAGAGGAUCCAGGAAAUCAAGAUACGCUGUACAGACAUAGACAAAAAGGAGGCUAAGGUGAAAUACAUAAAUAAACUUGGCCAAGAAAUAACUGCUGAGUCCCUUGACAUGGCCACCACUGAAAGUGUUGAGGAGAAGGUUGUAACGCUGAACAAAAAAUGGCGUGACACAAAGGAAAUGUUAAGUGACUACUCUGACAUGGAAGAAGAUGAAGCCUCAGCAUUUGGAAAUUGCUGUUGUUUUCAAAUGGUCCAGAAAGCGUUUCACGCGUGUUUCUAUAGCUGAAUGGAGUCCGUCAGAAAACAUAUCUCCUUAUAGAAGACGAAUUAUUCCACCGGUUGCGUAAUUAUCAUUACGCCGCUUCAGCCUCGCUUCACAGUUGUAACCAAACUGGAUUAUAUGGACACAGUUGUAACCAAACUGGAUUAGAUUAUAAUAAUGCCUAUAGAUUUAGGUGCAAUAUGAAUGAUAAAGUAUUAUUAUAAACUUGCAUUUAUAUAUCUGAA